GUCAUUUUGCGUACCCUUUCUGUUUCUGUCACCUGUUUUUUUUUUGGGGGGGUCCAGUGUUAAUUCCCUCUCCCAUGGCGGAGAAAAGAAAAACCAUUGUACCACCAAAAACGAAGAAACCCAAAAAAGAAGCUGCAUUCUCUCUCCAAUGGCGCCAUCUCCAUUCUUCAUCCUCCUCCUCCCCUUUAUCAUUCUCGUUACGCUGUCAACGCCGUCGAACUCGACGCGUGUCUCUCGUUUCGACGUCAUCUCGUGGGGCUGCAACAAGGACACCGUCUCCGACGGAGGGGCUUAUCUGACAUCUUACAGGAUAAACAUCGGUAAGAUCCGGGAUUACAUGAGGGAUCUCAAGUUCGGGAUUCACGAGCACGGAGAUCCGCCGCAGAGGAUGUAUUUAUUGUCCCAGUGUAUGAGCGAUCUGACCAUCGAGGAAUGCGGCGUGUGCUGGUCACGCGCCACCGAUCUCCUCUCUCGAUGUUUUCCGGCCACCGGAGGCCGGAUUUAUCUCGACGGGUGCUUCGUUAGGGCCGAGAAUUACAGUUUCUACGACGAGGCUAUCACGCGUUACGACAGGAAGAUAUGCGGUAGUGGCAAUGAAUCGACCUCUCAAUUCGGGAACUUGGUGAAGCAAGUGACCAAAGACAUCGUUGGGCGAGCUCCGAACAGUCAAGGUUUUGCAGUGAGUCAGAAGGGAGACCACCACCUAACUGCUUAUGGGUUGGGGAUAUGCUGGCGAACACUUGACGAGGAUGUCUGCAAAUUAUGCUUAUCAGAUGGAGCUUUAUCGGUAUCUGGUUGCUUGCCUUCCAAGGAAGGUUUUGCCCUGAAUUCAGGCUGCUAUUUGCGUUACUCCGACUAUGCCUUCUUCAGCGAUCGUGGCUCCAUCGUUUCCAUAAGUAUAGCCGGCCCUUUUGUUGCAUAUAUCAUGUUUAUUGCCAUAGCGUGUGUAUUGGCGAUUACAACUGGAUAUUGGUGUGGGAAAUGCAUCUACAUGCAUACCAGAGGAAAGAAGCAAAAAGAGAAGGAGACACGGGCUAUAUGCGAUGACUCGAAAUUCAUGCGGUUCAAGUACUCGACCCUUCAAAAAGCAACCAGCAACUUCGACGAGACUUGCAAGCUUGGUGUUGGGGGAUAUGGUGAAGUCUUUAAGGGAACUCUGCCUGAUGGCAGGGAAAUUGCGAUAAAGCGGUUGCAUAUCAGUGGAAAAAAGCCACUGGAAAACAUCCGCAAUGAGAUCGAUGUCAUUAGCAAAUGCGAACACAAGAACUUGGUCCGUCUUUUAGGAUGCUGCUUCACCAACAUGAAUAGUUUCAUGGUCUAUGAAUUCCUUGCAAAUACAAGCUUGGAUCACUUCCUAUUUCACCCAGAGAAGAAGAAAGAGCUCGACUGGAAAAAGAGGCUGACGAUAAUUUUAGGAGCAGCUGAAGGUUUAGAGCAUCUUCAUGAAGUGUGCCGGAUAAUACAUCGAGAUAUCAAAGCAAGCAACAUCUUGUUAGACUUGAGAUACAAACCCAAGAUCUCAGAUUUUGGAUUAGCCAAGUUUUAUCCAGACAGCACCAAGGACAUGCCUUCCUCUUCCAUCGCCGGGACUCUAGGAUAUAUGGCUCCUGAAUACAUCAGCAAUGGAAGAUUAACCACUAAAAUCGAUGUUUAUAGCUUCGGAGUCCUUAUUCUGGAGCUGACAAGUGGUGUCCCAAACAACACAUUCAGAUCAGACAACUCACUGGAAACACUAGUAACCCGGGUGUGGCAAUGCUUUAGUUCGGACAAGGUAGAAGAGAUGAUAGACAAAGGCAUGGAUGACGAUGAUGAAGAGGGAGUGGAAAGGAUCAAAAGGGUGAUACAGAUAGGUCUAUUGUGCACACAAGAGGCUCCUCAUCUUCGUCCUCCCAUUUCUAAGGUUUUACAAAUGCUUAGAGAUCCUCACCUCCAAUUGCCUUCCCCUACAAAACCCCCUUUCCUCGACCAUACCUUGUAAAAUUUAUUUUACUUCUUUUUUUUCUCUAGGAAAAUGCAAAUUUUAAAAACAAGACACAUAUUUCACUAUUUGAACUUUGGGUUCCUCAUUACCUUUUUAUUGGUAAAGGGUAAUCCAAUAUGGGGUUCGAACUCGGAUCAGAUAGCAUUUUGUGUUUUUACUUAUUUAUAUUAAAAAAGAGGAUAUUUGGAGGUUUGUUUCGCUAUUA